AGUUCGGGAUUGAUAGCCGGAGUGCAAAGACGCACUGUGUAUUCUGUGUCGCGGUGUCGAUAUAAUUACUUUACAAGCAGAAGGAGGUAGUGAAUUGAUCAAACGCUCCAGUGUCGUCUGUUGUAAAUAGAUUUGCGAGCGUUUAUUCAUUCUUUGCUAAAGAACUAAACUGAUUAAAUUUUAGGUAUAAAAGAAAUACAAAAUGCCUUGUGUACUUCCAGUGACACCAUUUCAUACAAACACAUUCAGCGAUGAAGCCAGUGUGGAGUUUAAAAAUAAAGGAUGUGAUAAUUAUAAUUUUGAAUGGUUAGAUAUCCAUCACGUACGUUCUGGUUUUACAAAUGGUCACAAAUGCACCACCACAUGUCGGAAAGAAUCGAACUCGGAUUCAUCGAUAUCGUGCCGAGUGAAAAUCUCAAAUGGAAUACCUACCACCGUCGGGAUAUUAGAUGUGCGAUACGAAAACGAUCAUGUGCCAGUGUUUAAUGCAACGAAUACGGAAAAUCUAGUAAAUGGUAAACAAGAUGUGAAAAACAAGACUGAAAUGUGCAACAAGACACACGGAGAAUCUGAGCUUCCGAGCACAACAAAGCACGGACACAAACGAAAACCAGACAGUACGGAGUCGGAAAAAGUUUAUAUUCCAUCCAAACGAGUUUCGCCGUUCUUAAACACACAAAAGGAAAGAAAAGACGAACGAAAGAAAAUUUUGAAAAUUUCAGUCCAAAAGUUAAAACAAGUAGAUGAUCCUGAAACAUUUCUUAGAAGAACAGUUCUUGUUAGUAAUACCAUGAAGCGACUACAAAUGGAACUGCGAGCAGAAAAUCUUAGAACUAAAAACAGAAAAUAUUUCAGUGGAUAUCGGACGUUGAACAACAAUUGUGUGUCAAGCUCCUAUCUAUUUGACGAUCCCUUUCUGAGUGGCGUUCAUGAAAAAAUCACAGAUGAUAUGACAGAUACACUUAUUUAUAACGUGUUUCAUGAUACGCAAAAUGACAGGACUAAAGAAUCUGAUACUGAGGAAAUUGACAGUGUAAAAUGAAAUUGAAAUUCUUAACACAAGGCUUAAGUCUUUCCCACACCUUCACGUCUUUCUGAAGGCAAUACAAAUCAUAGUUGUAUUAGCAAUUCCAAGAAGAACAUUAAACAGAAUAAGGCCUUCUAGUCUGUUAGAACAGAUGUGCCUGAAACCAGGGACAAUACAAGAUUAAUUUAAGAAACAUUAUAUGCCAUGGUGAUUGGGAAGCCACAUUCUUCUUGUUGGAAAUCCUGUGGAAUGACUAGUACAAAAGACAUAAACAAUGAAAUCCCUUCAAGUGAGGUGCAAAAUUGUUUCUAAAAAGUGGCACGGUGUGUGAUAAAUUACAUGAAAUGAACCUUUAGCGCUUGAGAAAUGUUUACUUGCUCAUAUGAAUUGUACAAAUACAACUCUUUUCUUAUAAAUACAAAAUUAUUUGUACUUAUCUGCAAGAAUGGCAAUGAAACAACAUUAUCUUCUUUAAGAAACUGUUAAUUAGACAUUGUUGAAGUUUGCACUAAAUUUAUUGUCGCAUUUAUUCAAAAUUACGGUCUCUCAUUUUCAUUUGACACAAGUCUUGAACUGAACUGAGAUGUAUACAGUUUUAAUACAAGACAGUUUGUAAGCAGUGCCUUGUCAUGAUCGUUGCUGUGUUCUUAUUAUAUAAUAAAAUUAACCUGAAAUUAUA